AUGGAGCUCGUGUUUCUUCGCCAUGCUACACGUGCAGACCACGCCACGCUAAAUAACCCGCCGCUCUACCACGACUACAAACCGUACGACCCUUCAGUGUCUGUUUCGGCAGUAGGAGAAGCGUCCCGAGUGGCUCGUGAUAUCGUGCAAACAUGCCAGUUUUCCAAGCCCAAGAGGAACGUGUAUGUGCAUUUUCUGCCGUACUUGCGGUGCUGCCAGACUGCCGACUUGGUGGUGCUGGCGCUUCAGAAGGAGGUGCCUGAGACGAGACUCAAGUUUCAUAUGUUGUGUGACUUUGCCUUGCUGGAAUGGCUACAUGAGAGGAUGAAGAAUGUGCCGCCGUUUGUGGAUCUGGGCGAGGCGUACGACAUGUAUACGCCGAACGUGAAGAUUUUGGAGAAUAGGCGGUGUGUGCUGAACUUUAGGCCUACGACGACAUUGGGGCCGUGGAAUGAGCCUGGGUUGAGCUAUAAGGAUUAUGCUGACCGGUGCAAAACGUACUUUAAGAAGCUUGUGGCGACGUACGAUAAGCCGAUCCAUGUGAACAACGAGGAUUUGGUCAUUGUGGUGGGCCACGGGUACCUGAUCAACCAUUUUAUGUCAUAUUUCAUUAACCAUCCGAUCUUUGAGGAGAUUCCAGAGAGUACGAUCAACUACGCCCGCCGGGAAAACGACGUCUGGACGCUUAAACGGGACUGCUUGCAGCUUUUGCAUUGCGAGGAUAUCGACUCCACGCUUAACCUUGAAAACGAUAUUGUGGUGUAUAAAUCGAAUUUCGUCAAGAAGAACGAGCUCGACGAGAAUAAGCAGUACCCGGCGAUCGGGUUUGGCGGGCUCAAAAUCCCUAAUCCAGAUACUCUGGCGCCCCGGCCAUCGUUCAGGGUGGAAAACUCCAAGACUAAUGCUCCUACACGGCCCAACUUGGCGAAAAACCUUCUUUGCCCUACGGCACGUAACUGGAACGCUCUGGAUCUGAAUAAAUUCCACGUGAAAUCAGAAUUCAAACUAAAGGUCAUGAACGACGAGGCAUUCAAGAAAGCAUUCGACCUCUCCAACCCACCUACGCAUCCCAUUUCGCCUGAGGUUUCUCCAAACUCAGAACCCACGCGAACAAACUCUGUCAUUGACCUUGUCAAACUCAACUCCAACGACGAAAUCCAGCGUCCGUUCAAGCUUCGCUACUCGCUGGCGAAUGGGCCUUCGGUGCUUUCUGGAGGUUCGCUUUCGCCCAGAGACUACCUGGAUAUGGAUGGCGAUGCUGCUCAGCAUUCUAACAAUAUGGGUGAAGUCAUCAGCAGGCUUUCACGUAUCAGGUCGUUGCAGCGUAAGAGAGCACAGACGCCCAGUUUUGGCAAAAUCAAAGAAAACCUGUCGGACGAUCUGUCGGACUCCGAAUCGAAUACCAACAAGUUUUCGCUUUCGUUCAACAACAAGGAAAGAAGAGAACCUGCGCUCAAGCGUGGCAUUUCAGGCUCCCCAGUGGUGCCCAACCGAGCCCGUGGCAACUCCGUCAAGCUCAUUCCUUCAGUUAUUAACCAGAAACUCGAUUCGGGCCGUACAGAUACCGAAAACGACCACAGCAGCGCCGACGGCAGCAUCAACGGAAGUAUCAACAGCAGUGCGAAUGGCAGCGCCAACGGAAGCGCCAACGGCAGUAUCUCAGGCCUCAGAAGCCUGAAGGGCCUCAAUGGCAGCUCAAGAGCUCUAGGAACAGGUUUCACAGAAUCAAGACCCGCCACGACGGCCAUCCCCACGGCCAAACCUGCUAAGCCCAGCCGUUUACAGCGUCCUACGCACCUCAAGAAGACGCCUUCCAUGUUCUACAACCUCGACCUGGACUCAGCAGACGGCUCGUCCGAGGGAGAGGACGACGACGACUCUGCUCUGCCACCUAAAGAGAACCAUUACACGUGGUUUGGCCAAAACGCCAAGGGGUACGUCUAA